AUGCCGGCCAUGCUGGAUGACCCGGCGAGCCCCACUAUUUACCGUGUCUCCGGGGCGCCGCCGUUUCCGGACCCGAACAAGCCUGAGCUGCCGGUUGACAUCGUCCCGCGUCAAGUGACACUCCGGGAUCGUCAGACAAUCGCAACCAUUAUCCCAUUUGCAUCGCAACAUGAGGUGCCUCAAUCCCUCGUGCGCUACCUCAGCGACCAACUCAACAAGGAAAUCGAGGGCGGCGAUACGUACCCGAUGAUGGAUCCCAUGCCGGCCGACAAGUUUGGCGCCUACUGGUUCCAGAACUUCGGCGCCAUCAUGCUGCUCGGCAACAUCGAGCGCACCGAUCUCGCCGACGACAUGGACUGGUCUCGAGAGUGCCUGGGCAGCUUCUACAUCAAGCCCAACUACCCCGGCCGCAGCAGCCAUGUGUGCAACGCGGGCUUCCUCGUCACCGACGCCUCGCGUAACCGUGGUGUGGGCCGUCUGAUGGGUGAAUGCUACAUCGACUGGGCACCCAAGCUAGGCUACACUUACUCCGUUUUCAAUCUCGUCUACGAGACCAACGUUGCUUCGUGCAAGAUUUGGGACGCACUGGGCUUCAAGCGUAUCGGCCGCGUCAAGGGCUGCGGCAACCUAAAGUCGCACCCGGGCCAGCUCAUUGACGCCAUCAUUUACGGCCGCGACCUCAUACCCGGCGAAUCGGAGGAACUCGUGAGUGAAGAGCGUUUCGACAAGAUCAAGUUCUACCUCAAAUACGGCAAGUAUCCCGCCGGGGCUGACCGCGCCGAGAAAAGCAGGCUCCGGAGCGCCGCCACCCACUAUAAGCUGCUUGACGGCGACCGCCUGAUGCUCAAGGACAAGGAGGUCGUACCUGACCCGCGCCGCCAGUACGAGAUAGCCCGCGAGGUCCACGUCGCCCAACACGGUGGCAUCAACAAGACGACGGCCACCAUUGCUGAAAAGUACCAUUGGAGUCGUAUCAAGGAGACGGUGAGCGAUGUCAUCAGGAACUGCGCCGAAUGCAAGGAGCUCGGCAAGAUGCCUGCCCCCGGAGGCAACGGGGGUGCAAGGGGGAGGGCGGCUGCAGUGGCGGCUGCGGCUGCUGCCGUCGCCUCUUCCCCGGCCAACACUUCUACUUCUACUUCUAUCUCAAAUACUUCACUUUCGAAUCCGUCAUUUACGAAUACUUCUACAUCAACGCCGCCCCCCUCUGCCGCAGACGUCAACACCGCAAACCGCGUCCUCGCCCUGCAGCAUCACCACCUGCCUCCUCUGUCCCCGCCACGAUCAUCACCAUACGCUGAAGUCGCAUCAAUACCGCCGUCACACACCCUCCGAGAUCCCUCUGCUUCCCCUCUGCCUCGACAUCCGCACCACAAUCCCAUGUUACAAGAUGAAUCUUUCCAGCCUAUUGACCCACAAAUCAUCGGCCCGCCGCCGACGUCCCACGAUGAUCCGUACAACCACUACCAUCCACACCAUACGGACUUCCAGGCGCUGCUCAACGCAACAGAGGCAGAAGAGACGGCAGAGGAGGCGGCGGCCGUGGAUCGGGACUUGGACAUGUUGAUCGAGCAAGACAAGGAAGAAGAGGAUGCAGAUGAACCGAUGGAGGGGAAGGAAGGGAGGGAUAAGGACGUGUACUCUAUAGGGUUCAUCAACGGGUGA